GCGGGGGCUGAGCGGGGGCCUCUCGGAUCGGAGUCCUGCCGAGAGAGACACGGGGGGGGGGGUGGUUAAUGAGCCCCCUCGCCCCGCUGUCCCUCCCGGAGGGCUGCACGAAGGCAGAAUAGCCGCGGAGCUCCGGAGCAGCCUGUGCUGGAGCUGACAUCCUCCCUCCUCCGGGCAGAUGAACUUCUAAGGGCUCCUCCUAGCCCCACAUGGCUCCGCGGCUUGCCCGCAGGGUCCGGCUCCACUGAGAACCCGAGCCAGCGAUCUGCCCCGGCCAGCCAGCGGGCUCCGCUCCUGCUCGGCGGGCAGCUGGGAAGGAAGCCGGCUGGAUACCACCAUGGGCCUCUCCUGGUGCUUCUUCAUUGGGCUGCUCCUAGCCUGUGCAUCUGGCAAGAAGCUAUGGGACGUGCCUGUGUCUCUGGCUCAUCAGCACAGCACUGGAAAACUGCUCUGGGAGCCACAGUGCCAGUACCAACUGCGCCACCUACAGGACAGCGCUAGAAUUUCAGCUCUUCUGCCUCCCCGGCUGGAAGGUCAUUGGAUUUCUACAGGCUGUGAGGUACGUCCGGGACCAGAGUUUCUCACCAGAUCCUACCUGUUUUACUCCAACCGCUUGUUCAAGGCUUAUCAGUUCUACUACUGGGACCCCUCCUGCCACAAUCCGUCCUACUCCUUGGUCAUCAAAGGCAAGCUCAGGCUGCGCCAGGCCUCCUGGAUCACCCGAGGGGCAACUGAGGCAGACUACCACCUGCACAAAGUGGGUAUUGUUUUCCACAGCCAGAAGGCCAUGCAGGAGAUUUCUGCCCGGAUCAAUCAGACGUCAGGAGGGGACUGCAGUGGAUUCUUUCCACCUGGACGGUCCUGGGCUCCCGGAGUCCUCUACGAGGUGCUGAGUGCCAAGGAGGGGCGAGAUUGCACCACAGCCCUGGGCUUUGCCAUGCAUGAACUCAGCCUGGUGCGGGUGGAGAAGCAUUACGAGCCCCUACUGCAAACUCAGCCGAACGGUAGCAGGACGGUGGAGGAGCUGUAUCUAGGGGACAUUCACACCAAGUGGUCUGAGAGGCUCCAUUAUCGACCAACGGGGUAUCAACGCCCUUUGCAGAGUGCUGUGCAUCACGUGCAUCCUUGCCCUGCUUGUGGGAUUAUAUACAGAUCUGAUGAGCACCAUCCACCUAUACUACCAGCUAAAGCUGAGCUGCCGAUGCAGUUAAGUGGCAGGUGGGUGAGUGCUCACUGUGAAAUCCGGCCAGCUGUGCUUUUUCUUACCAGGUACUUCAUAUUUCAUGGCACCAAUCGCACCUGGGAAGGGUACUAUUAUCACUACUCUGACCCACUCUGCAAGCAGCCUACUUUUACCAUCUAUGCAUCUGGGCACUACACCAAGGGUGUCCCAUCCUUCAUAGUGAGAGGAGGCACAGAGCUGGCAUUUAAAGUGACCCAUGCUCGGGUUACAGCAAUAGACCAGGUAACAGUGACCAUGCUAAACUCCUCAGAGCCAGGGACCUGCGGGGAGACAGGCUUCUGGAGUGCCGGGCUGGAGCAGGAUAUAACGCUGACCAAUGGGUGUCUGGCUUUGGGCAUCAAGCUGCCCCACACAGAAUAUGAACUCUUUAAAAUGGAGCAAGACAUGAAAGAUCGCAGCUUGCUGUUCAUUGGCGAAAGGCCCACAGACGGAUCCAGCCCUGACAGACCGGAGAAGCGGCCCACCUCAUACCAGGCACCACUUAUUCAGUGUGUCGGGGCUACCGGCGUCUUUUCUAAACACAUCAGUCCACGCUACCUGGGAAAAGAGGAUAAUGGGAAUGAAGCACUAAAACCUUUGCCUAUGGCCUUUUUAUUAUCACUUAUGGCAAUGCAGUUUUUAAGAUGGGACUAGAUGACUCCAGCUGUGCAGCACAGAAUUCAGACACUGGGUGCUAAGACAAUUUUAUAUCCUCUUUAGAUAAGCACAUCUGGAAUCAGCUUUGCUUAGGUUCUGUACACAUUAAAAAAAAUGGACAAAGCAAGAGGUUUUCCCUGCAUAACAUGCCUGAUUAUGCAUGAUGUGUACUAUGUGUAUACUUCCUAACUGACCUUCAUUAGGCGUAAAUCUAAUGUAGUGACAUGGAUCCAUUGCACAUUGUCAGAUAAUUUAGCAAUACUAAAAAGACGUGUUAAAUUAGAACUGCUGAUUCUAGCUUUCAGCAUUGCUAGGAUAUAACUGAGGGCUCUAUUCACACAAAAGUCAAAUUACCAAAGCAUUGAGGGCUCAGUCUCUCUGAAACUGAUUUCCCCCCUGCUUCAGUAAGUUCAGGUAGCUGGCUUUGGCUCAGUCACAGAAACUCAUACCACACACAUCCUCUGUCAAUCUCUCUUCCUUGAAUUCAGGAAGGGCUCUUAGUGGCAGGCUUGAUGCCAUCCUUGCAACCUACAAUUUGCAAACUCUACUUUCUUCUUGUGUGUGUGUGUGUGUUAGCUUUCCCAGGCUCUGGGCUGUGAUGGUCCCAGUCCACUUCUGUUCAUAAGCUAACAAAGGGUGAGAUACAAGUGACCCUGCCCCCCUCCACUUUUUUGUUACUGCCUUGCCCGUCAUAUUACACUGACUUCAUAAGGGUUGGAUUCACUCUGUUCCACCUCUCUGUGUUAUCACUUCGCCCAAAUGUUCUGAGACAUGACCAGAUGAUUUAUGACUGUAGCACUCACCAGGUCGGACACACACAUAGGUGCAAAAAAACACUAUACCAACCCUGUUACCUCUGCCUCCACUUUGGCACAAUCCUGCGUGUUUGUUGGCACAUUCCCUGAACAAGGGUCAUCAAUCCAACUCUGGAUUAGAUCUCAAACAUAAAAAUACCACACAAGUGCAAGGAUAACAUCUGAUAAACUUGACUCAGGUAAAUUAAUAUGAGCGGUGCAGAAGAGAGACUAUAAUCAGACACCACAGUCAUGUCCUGGCACCAAAAAUGAUUAGGGGGCUGGAGCACAUGAGUUAUGAGAAGCUUAGAGACUGGGAUUAUUUAGUCUGCAGAAGA